AUGCUCUGUUCAAACUGGGAGCAGUCCUGCCAUCUGGAGGCCUCUCACUUGAUCAUAAGUACCGAAGUCAACCUGCCUCGAAAAGACCCUCGGUCGAACAUUCCCUUGCUGCAGGAGCUUGUUCCCGAUCUUCAGUCCGUCAAACUCCAGUCUACUGUCAGCUCCCUCAAACAGAUCAUCCUAGUCCAGAACGAUGCCGGUCGAGUUGAUACCUCCGCGUUAAAAUGUAUCACACCAUAUACAUCGAUAUAUUCCGAGCUUCCACAGGACAUGAAGGCCCUGCCCGACCAGGGACUCUCUCCAACUGAUGUUGUGAAUAUCCAAUUCACCUCCGGGACAACAUCGAUGCCCAAGGCAGCAUGCCUGAGCCACCGAUCGAUAUUAAACAAUGGGGUGCAAAUUGGGGAUAGAAUGUUGCUCACGCCCAAGGAUAUCGUAUGCUGUCCUCCGCCGCUUUUCCACUGCUUCGGAUGUAUCCUUGGAUACAUGGCAACAGCCACUCAUGGAUCAGCCAUAGUCUUCCCAACCGAAUCCUUCAACGCAGUAGCAACGUUGAAAGCUGUGCAGGAAGAGAAGUGCACGGCACUCUAUGGCGUACCGACCAUGUUCAUAGAGGAGCUCGACCUGCUUGCAGACGGUGUCGUACCCUAUGAGGGAUUCCAGUACCUGCGCACUGGCAUUGCAGCCGGCAGCAGCGUGCCAUCUGAACUGAUGAAGAAGCUACACAAGACGCUCAACCUGACUGAGCUGACAAUAUGCUACGGUAUGACGGAGACGAGCCCCGUCUCGACGAUGACUGCAACGGACGACCCGAUUGAGAAGCGGCUGAACACUGUGGGCAAGUUACUUCCACAUGUCGAAGCCAAAGUGGUCAAUCCUCUAGAUUACGAUCAAAUACUCCCUCUGGGCGAGAGGGGUGAGCUGGCUGUCAGCGGAUAUCAUGUCAUGAAGGAAUAUUGGGGAGCACCCGAGAAGACUGCCGCGGUGAUGGUGCCAGACUCUGAAGGGAAGAUAUGGAUGCAUGUGAGUAUAGCUUCUUUUUUGUUUUGCUUCUUCCUAUUCUUGUUUACGGUCUCUAAUCUAUUCGUCCACAAGACCGGUGACGAAGCUUCAAUGUCCGCCGACGGAUACAUCACCAUCACCGGGCGUAUCAAGGACCUGAUCAUCCGUGGGGGCGAGAAUAUUCACCCUCUUGAGGUCGAAAACUGCCUUCUCGCUCACCCCAGCGUGUCCAACGUAUCUGUGCUAGGGGUCCCCGACGAGCGCUACGGGGAAGCCGUUGCCGCGUUUGUGGUAACACACGCCGAAGGGGAGGGCAAGGUGACGUCUGCAGAGAUCAAGAGCUGGGUUCGGGGCAAACUGAGCCAUCAUCUAGGGCAAAAAAGCAAGUCGUCCCAACUCGAUGGGAUGGUCGCCGUGUCUGCCCUACCCUGCGAUCAUCCCGCCAAGGCCACCCUGGCAAGGCUUGAUUUUGCUUAUUUGAGGUUAUUCGACUGUGAUGUCUGUUUGUUUUUCCUCCCUUUGGCUCUUCGCUUCAAGAUGUCUGGCCUCGCGAUAAGCUGGUUUGGUAUCUUGCUGCAUUGCCAGCACAUGGGCAGAGUCGUUGUUUCAUAA